AUGACAAACAAAAAGCAAAGAAGUAAUGUCGGUCUAAAUGACUCAUCCCAGGAGCGAUCUAAAGCUCAGGUAGAGGAAUAUAAUAUUCUUGUAGCUCAACGCGAUGCACUAACAAAUGAAAUAAGUAGAUUUCAAACAUUUUUAGAGAAUAAAUGUAUAGAUUUAGACAAUCCUCGAGACAACCCUAUAUUAAAAAUAGAUUUGAGCACCCGUUUAACUAAUAUUGAGCCCAUUCUUAGUGAAUUUAAAAUUAUUCAGCUAAAAAUUGAGCAAUUGUGCUUGGCUAAUGAUUUCGAAGAAUCAGAUAGCCAAGAGCAAGAGCGUACUGAAUUUGAAAAUUUAUUUUAUGAAACUGUAUCCAAUGCCAAAGCAACUCUAGAAAGAGUUGAUAAAAUUAUUAAUGCAAGUGUGCAGCCAGACUUAAGCUCAAUCCCACAUUUACCCACCUUUCAAUCAAUAUAUCCAUAUGGUCCUCGUUUGCCCCCUAUACCCCUACCUAAAUUUAAUGGCUCUUAUGAGGCAUGGACCAACUUUAAGGACACAUUUUUCUCUUUAAUAGACAAAAGUACACAAAUUAACAAUGUGGAAAAAUUUUAUUAUUUGCAAUCUACCCUACAGGGAGAGGCAGCUCAAAUCAUUAGCUCAUUGGCAGCUACCGAGCAUAGUUAUGCUACAGCAUGGUCUCUAUUGCAAGAAAGAUAUGAAAAUAAAAAGGCAAUCAUACAUUCCCACAUUAAAUGCAUUUUUGAAUUGCCUGUUAUCAAAGACGAAUCCCACAUUCAGCUACGAAAAUUCUUAGACCUAUUCCAAACCCACUUUAAAUCUUUACAAAACCUCGGGGAACCAGUUAAACAAUGGUGCACGCCUGUCAUAUAUCUGUUGAACUCAAAACUAGAUUUUUCAACCCGAAAGGAAUGGGAAACUUUCACUAAAGAUAUUGAAAUUCCAACAAUCCAGGAUUUUUUAACAUUCUUAUCUCAGCGAUGUUGCUUUUUAGAAUCUUUGGAUUUUAAACUAAAUAAUAAAAAGUUUCCUAGUAAGUUUGAAAAAUCCUAUGAACGUAAAACUUUAAUAACCCAAAAUGCUCUACGCUCAUGCUCUAAUGUAGUGUGUCCCAUGUGUAAAGAUACACAUUUUAUCUAUUCAUGCAGAAAGUUUUUAGAGUUGUCUGUAUCAAGUAGGUUUUUUGAGGCAAGGAAAGCAAAUCUAUGCACAAACUGCUUGCGUCCAGGCCACAGACAUGGAGAAUGUCAUUCAACAAACAGUUGUAGAAGAUGUCAAGCGAGGCAUCAUACCCUCUUACAUAGAGAAUCUAAUCAGGAUUCUAAAUACAAUUCUAAUAUCCACUCAACUGGUAAACCUCAUCAAUCCCAAUCAAGAUAUAUGCAACCUAACCUUUUACAGCCUAAACGAGAAACAAACUCAAAUUAUACAAAUACUUUCAAUUCUGGACAGCCUAUGAUGCAAGGCAAUAACGCCAAUCAUCAAUCUCAUGUAACCGUAACGAAGCAGGCACCCUUUAGUCCUGGUAGCCAACAACAAAAUCCAAUCAAUCAUAGUCUUAUGUGUGAAACCCCAAAUGCACCCCUCUCCCAUAAUUCGGGGUAUUCAGAUUUACCCAGUACAAGCCAAGCAACCCAAAACCUGUAUUGUGCCAGCCAAAAUCCCAACUCAUUUGUUCUUCUUUCUACAGCAUCCUUAUGUAUUUAUGACAAAAACCACAAACCCAUUAUUUGCAAAGCCAUUUUGGAUAAUGGUAGCCAAUCAAACUUUAUUAGUGAAAAAUUAUUCAAGCUAUUAAAUAUACCAUACCAAUCUGUGAAUAUGUCAGUCUCUGGCAUAGGCCCUGACGUCACAAACCUCACUAAACGAGUCCAGUUACAAAUAAAGUCCAUGGUCAAUAAUUUUUCAGCUAAAAUCCCAGCCUUGGUGAUUAAUAAAAUCACAGAGCUUACACCUCAAAUUCCCAUUGACAUUUCUAGCAUAAAACUACCCGCUGACAUCAUUCUUGCUGAUUCAAGCUUUCACACCCCUUCGGAGGUUGAUCUUCUGAUAGGAGCUGGUUUAUUUUAUAAUAUACUUUGCUCUAGGCAAAUAAAAACUGGUAAUGGCAAUCCCAUUCUACAAGAGACCCAGCUUGGAUGGGUAGUAAGCGGACCACUUUCUUUACUGGCAAAUGUUUCCUAUGCAUCAUCGUAUAAAACCCAUAGCCAAUCAUUGUUUUGCACCAAUGACCUCCAAGGCUGUCUUGAAAAAUUUUGGUUGACAGAAGAAACCACUCAGCAAGUACCCCAAGUCCUCUCUAAAGAAGAGCUCGAAUGUGAAGAUCAUUUUCAAGAAACCACUCAUCAGGACUUAACAGGCCGCUUCAUAGUACAACUACCUACUAAACCCAAUGUUUUUAAUCUAGGUGACUCUCUGCAGCCUGCUUUAAAGAGAUUCUAUUCUCUGGAGCAGAAAUUUGACAAGCACCCAGAAAUUAAGAAAUUAUACAUAGAUUUUAUUAAAGAAUAUAUCUCUUUGGGCCACAUGUCUGAAAUACAACCUAAUCAAUCAAUUGAUUCUAAGUAUCCAUGCUAUUAUCUUCCCCACCACUGUGUCGAAAAGGUUGAUAGCACCACAACCCGUUUAAGAGUAGUCUUUGAUGCCUCUUGCGUCUCAAGCACGGGCCUAUCCCUGAACGACACCCUUAAAAUAGGUCCUAAUAUUCAAAACGAUUUGUUCUCCAUCAUUGUGAAAUUCCGUAAACACAAUUAUGUUCUUAUCGGUGACAUCGCCAAGAUGUAUCGCCAGGUUUUACUAGAGCCAUGUCAACGCAACCUUCAGCGUAUAAUAUGGCGGGACAACCCCAACGAAAAUAUUCGACAUUUUACCUUAAAUACUGUCACUUAUGGUAUGGCAAGUUCCUCCUAUUUAGCUACUCGCUGUCUCAAGGAAAUUUCUGAUCGUUCUAAAAACAACUACCCCCAUGAAAGUCAAGUGUUACGUACGGACUGCUACGUUGACGAUAUCGCGUCAGGAACUGAUACCAAAGAAGAGCUUAUCGUCCUUGGAAAGAAUCUUGUUGCUCUUCUUAAGAAAUUUGGAUUUGACUUAAGAAAGUUUUGCUCAAAUGACCCCGAAGUGUUAUCAGAGUUAAGCCCAGAUGCAUCUAAUGACACACAUUUUAUUCUGAAUGAUGAGCAUAGUACAAAAACCCUUGGGAUAUCCUGGAAUCCCAGACAAGAUUUAUUUAUAUACACUUCAACCAUAAACUCCAAUUCUAAACCAGUAACAAAAAGAACCAUUCUUUCCUUAAUUUCUCAAAUCUUUGACCCGUUGGGCCUCUUAGGUCCCAUGAUAGUUCAAAUAAAGCUGCUCUUACAAAAGUUAUGGCUUCUCAAGGUCGAUUGGGACGAUCCUGUUCCCAGAGAUGUUUUUCGAACUUGGAAAAAUUUUACUUAUCAUCUAUCUUUAGUAGACUACUUUCGAAUUCCUCGACAAGUAACCAUCAAAAAUGCAAUUUUCUUAGAGCUCCAUGGAUUUUGUGACUCCUCAAUAAAUGCCUUUGGAGCAUCUAUCUAUGUGCGUUCAAUCGACCCACUUGGCAACAUUGCAGUCAACCUCUUAUGUGCUAAAAGUCGAGUAGCUCCCCUAAAGGCUGCAACCUUACCCCAUCUCGAGCUUUGCGGAGCUCUAGUUUUAUCACGAUUGAUGAAGAAGGCUCUAAAUGCCCUAGAUUGCAACCCAGACAAAAUAAAUUUUUAUACCGACUCUACCAUAGUUCUCUGUUGGAUUUCUUUGGAACCUCGCCAGUUAAAGACUUAUGUGUGCAAUCGAGUUUCUGAAAUUCAACAACUUACCAAUAUAAACAGUUGGCACCACAUAUCUUCAACAGAAAAUCCAGCAGACAUAAUAUCUAGAGGCACCAAUCCUCAAGAUCUGAAAUCUUGUUCCUUAUGGUGGCAUGGACCUUCAUUUCUUUCGAAGCCUACAGAAUUUUGGCCAAAGAAUACCAAUAUUUUGAAUUUUAAACGUAAACCACCCGAUCCUGGCAUCCUAGAAUUGAACCCAAAGUCCAUAAUCCUUACUUCAGCUCAUAUAGAAAGAAAUUCUUUGUUUGACAAAUUUUCAGACUACAACAAGCUAGUCAACGUAACCGCCUAUUGCCUUAGAUUUGUUCAGAAUAUAAAAUCACCCAAGACCAUUCGUCAAAUUGGACAUUUAACGCCCACAGAGCGUCAGAAUGCAUUAAAUACUCUAGUCAUCAUGGCCCAAGUUGAAUGUUUUUCUGACGACAUUCGAAACCUUAAAGUUAAGGGAAAUGUAAACCCUCAAAGUAAACUAAAAUCCUUGAACCCAUUUAUAGAUAGUCAAGGUAUUCUGCGUGUCGGUGGACGAUUAAAAAAUUCUUUGCUCGAUUACCAAACCAAACAUCCUAUGUUGUUACCACAAUAUCACCCUUUGACCCGUUUGAUUAUCACUCAUGAGCAUAAAAGAAACUUUCACCCAGGAGUACAAUCAACACUAUCGUUUGUCAGGCAAUCCUUUUGGCCUCUUCAUGGAAAAUCAGCCGUAAAAUCUAUUCUUCGAAAAUGCGUAGUUUGCUAUAAAGUAAAUCCCAAGCCCUUAGCUACCCUCAUGGGAGACUUACCUGAACCCCGAGUUACCCCUUCUAAACCAUUCCUUCACACCGGCGUAGAUUAUGCUGGAUUUUUUCUUAUGAAGGAAUCGAAGUUAAGAAACCGCAGAUUUAUAAAGGCCUACUUAUGCGUCUUUGUCUGUCUAGCUACCAAGGCUGUACACUUAGAGGUAGUCAGCGAUCUAACCUCUCAAGGCUUUAUAGCUAUGCUUAAACGGUUUGUGUCAAGACGAGGGUUGUGUAAACAUUUGUACUCUGACAAUGGAACGAAUUUCGUUGGAGCACGGAGUGAAUUGCAAGAAAUAUUCAAAUUUUAUGAUACUUCUGAGCUUCAAGCUUAUUUUAAAAACAAUAUGAUUAAUUUUCGCUUUAACCCUGCUAGAUCACCACAUUUUGGGGGUUUAUGGGAGGGUGUAGUAAAAUCAUUCAAACACCAUUUGCGGCGUAUUUUAUCUGAGGAUAACCGUUUAACCUAUGAAGAGUUUUAUACCUUUGUGGUUCAGGUAGAGGCAAUAUUGAACUCCCGUCCUAUUCUGCCCCUCAGCAACGAUCCUUUAGACCUUGAAUCCUUAACUCCCGGGAAUUUCCUUAUUGGACAUGCGCUCAAUAUGGUUCCCGAUGCUGACUUCAAGGAGACCCCAAUGAAUCGGCUUACUAGAUAUCAAAUGCUCCAGUCUAUGGUUCAACAUUUCUGGCGGAGAUGGUCGGAGCAGUACCUCCACACCCUCCAUGAGAGAAACAAGUGGCGCUUCAAAAGCGAAAGUCCCAACCUUCUUGGCGCAUUGGUUUUGCUCAAGGAUGACAGCAACCCCCCUUCCAAGUGGACCGCUGGUCGAAUCACUGAUAUUCACCCCGGAAAGGAUGGAGUGGUGCGUGUGGUGAGUGUGCGGAUUUCUAAUGGAAACAUUUUAAAACGAAGUAUCGUUAAGGUAUGCCCUCUUCCAAUUUCCGACUAA